AUGGAGGAGAACGUGGAGGGCAGAUGUGGUGUGGUCUAUUUCUGCGGCGGCUUGGGGGAGGAGAUUAUUCAAUCAUAUCGCAACACAAGUCCACCGAGGGAGACAGGACACGCGCGACACAUUGAUGUGGUGUACCGCAAUGUGCGAGCCUUGUUGGACGAGAACCAAGGAGGCUUCGACGAAGUCUUCGUCAGCUCGAGUGCCGCAGAGUGUCACGAUCGGUUAGAAAGUCAUGCGAACAAAGUGCCGACUGUUGUGCUAGUGGAGCUCCACGAUGGUGCGGCCAAGGACGCGCGGUUAUUGGCCGACAACAAGCAAGCCGCCACCUUCCCUUUCUUGCGCAACCUGUCCGCGGAUAUCAAUGGCGCACGCUACCAGCGGCCGGUCAUGCCUUUCGCUUUGGUAUCACCAUCUUUCCACGAAGAGGACGUGCCGGCCGACGCCACUUUCGCGGCAUCUUGUCUGGAAGCUGGCGCACUCGACAUUUUCCACAGCCCGUUGAAUGACGAAGACUUACAUCGUCUAGUUGGGCAUGUAAAAGAGGCAUUGCGGCCGGCCGCACGUCUGGUGGGAUCGAGUAUGGCGCAAAGUCUGGUCACAAGUAUUCGCAGCACGACACCCAAUUCCUCCGCCCGAUAUAGACCCGAUGAAUCACUUUCGCCAGCGCGGCGGAAAGUCGUCGAAGAUAACGUGGGUAAAUGGCACUUUCCAGCUCAGACAUUCACCAUGGACGAACUUACUUACGCUGCGAUGUUCAUGCUGGAGCAUAUGUUGCAGCUACCGGAUCUGCGAUUCUACAGCAUACCUCGAGCGGAGCUCAUGACUUUCCUCCUGGCCACGAGACGACAGUAUAAGCACCAACGCGAAGUCCACUACCAUAAUUGGAGACAUGCGGUCGAUGUCACACAAUCAAUAUACUGUUUCCUGCUCGAUGUACGGUUAUGUCCGCCACUUGCGAACGAUACAAGAGAACCACGACAACUCAACGCCGUAGAGGGCCUACUGACCCCACUGGAUGGCUUGAUAUUGCUAGUCUCUGCGAUCGGCCACGAUGUUGGCCACCCUGGUGUCAACAAUGCUUUCUUAACCGCCUGCAAUCAUCCUUUGGCGCAAAUGUACAACGACAAAUCUGUGCUCGAGAACUAUCACUGCGCUGCAUACUCGCAAUUGUUAAGGCGGCAUUGGCCGGCUCUCGGCAAUAUCUCUGGUUUUAGGACGACCAUGAUCUCGACUAUUCUUGCCACUGAUAUGCAGAGGCACUUCGAGUACAUGUCUGGUCUCGGCGAACUCAAGCGCAAGAUAGAGGGCAGUGAGAAUGAUCUAAGCAACUGGAAUGACAAGGAUCGGGAGCAAGCACGAGAACUUAUGAUGGCCCUACUUAUGAAAGGCGCAGACAUAUCAAAUGUAGCAAGACCAUUCGACCUUUCGUCUGAGUGGGCGCGAACACUCAUGAAUGAGUUCGCAAGGCAAGGCGAACUGGAAGCCGAGCUCGGGAUACCAACCUGUCUGUUUGGUGGCCCACCAAACAAGGAGGACAUUUUGGCGGCCGCGCAGAGUCAAAAAGGCUUCAUGAAUCUGUUCGGCAUACCUCUUUUCUCCGGCAUGACAGAUGUCAUGCCAAGUCUCUCCUGCGCGAUACGGGAGCUCGAACAGAACACUGCGAUCUGGGAAGAGAAGAUCACUAAGGAGAAGCAGAAGCGUAACUCUGGUGGUGAGAGCUCGCCAUUGACGUUCUCAUCUGUCUCGAAGAAAGAAGUGGACGAGGCGAAGCUCCAAAAGCGUCAAUCGGAACCAUUGGCUGUGCCGGAAGACGCACCUGGCCUGCCAACAUCAUCUACGAAACGCCAGACUGCGGUCGACUCGGCACUGUCGCCACGACAGCAUCCUGCACAUUCGCAGCGGCAACAUCUCACUCUUGGACUUGCUACCCAAGAUGGACACCGGUCGUCUUUGCCGCCAAUGCCUCCUCCAGCUCUACCACUAUCACCAAACGGUGGUGCCUCACGCAGAUCCAGCAAAGACGUAGCGCUCGACUCAAUACAGCAACUUUCCGCAUAUGCACAGAGCAGCAUGAGCCCCACAAUAAGUUCCGGGUCGAGGAGAGGGUCCGCCGACUGGCAGGUUCAUCAGAACUACCCGGGAUCGAGACGAGGGAGCAAAGAUGAAAGCCUGACGACCAUAUUAGUCACAAGUCAGUCAGGAUCACCAGGGCGAGGACCUGCUGGGUCGCCCAUCAAGCAGAGUCGCAAACGACAAGGCACAGCACAGAGUCAGAAACCAGAUGCUGUAUCACGAUACUCGGUCCCAUCAUCGACGUCAAGAUCGCACACAACCAGCUCAGCGACCGCGAACACGACUCAGCCAUCUUCUUUAGCGCCUACCGACGAUGAACGGACCCCUCCAGCUUCAGAAGACCCAUUCGUGGUACCUGGAAACUGGCCAUCAGAUCUCGACGGCGCACAACGAUCUGCAGAUCCUGUCAAACAUCCGAGCACGCCAGACCUAUCCACGAGUAGAGCCGCUAAGAGCGACUCGCCGCGUAUCAUAGCGCGUAUGGCUAGUGGAGAAGGUGAUGAUGGGAGGGGGACGCCGAGGAAAGAACAUGCGAUUCGUGAAUCGAGAAGUCGAAGUCGGCUACGGAAUUUGAAGUUCUGGAAGAAGAAGCGGGAUCCUUCUGGGGUUGAAGGUGGUGUGACGGAUCCUGGGUCGCCUUAA